AUGGAUCCUGGUACGGUCAUCUCGGCGCUGGAGAUCGUGGGCGCGGUGGUAAAGCGUCUCAUCGAAGCUGGCCAGACCAUGCACGACGCUCCCGAGGGUCUGGCUCGCGUGAUCAACGAGACCGAAAAGCUCCGGGCGCUGCUAGACCGGCUGUUGAUCUUCCAGAGGGCGCUUCCCCAGGAGCAGCGAGAUGUCCUCGACAAACAAGUGAGCACGGCGGAUUGGAGAGAUCUGCUCAAGGAUCUCGACGACCUCACGUCUGGCAGGAAGCCCGGCGGCACCAAGGACCGGGCCGGAGGAGGAGAAGGAGGAGGGGUUGAGAAGAUGAAGCUUGCCGACCGGUGGUGGUGGCUCCGGAAGAAAGAUGUCAUCGAAGACAAGGUGAGGAAGCUGCACGAACAGACGGAAUGGAUAUCGAAGCGGCUCGUCAAUGAGUACCUGUUUGAACACCACCAACAACUCUCGCACAGCUCCGAACAAGUCUCCAAGAUCCUGGAACUGGUCGUGUCCAUGACCCUGAAGUUGGAUACAGACAGGCAUGCAAAGGCGCGAUUCGACGACAACGGCGUCUACUCGCCCUACAAAGCCGAGGGCAUUGCUUGGUACGGGCAGUUCCGUUGCAAGCCGGGACAGGAUCUCACGAUGCCCUACUUCCGAGACCGACACCUGCUGGCGGACCGGGCUUGGGCUGGCAACUGGCACGGCGUCACCGAACUGCUGCGGAAAGCCCACAAAGAGUACAGGCAGAAUUGGAUCAACUGCACCCCAAUAUACAAAGCGACCGACAAACGCACCAUCACCAGUGGAUUUCGGCCCCUCCACCAAGCCGCCUGGCACGGUGACAAGUCGGCUGUGGAGUCUCUGUUGAAAGAGGGAGCCUGGCGUCUCGUGAGGACCGCGCGAGCGACGAAAGACUCGAGCGAACACAGUACACCGUUGGACAUUGCCCGUGACCACGGAUGGAAGGACCUCUACGAGACACUCAGUCCCGUGAUCAGACGGACCGUCAACCACAAAACGCUGCAGACGCUGCAGACACGACUCCACGACUUGAUCAGAGACACCUUUGGCGCCCAUCCGGACGCGCAUCUCGACUGCUUCCUGCUUCCUGAGCUGGAGAUCCUGACAGAGUUCGAGCGGUCGCGGAUCUGGUUCCCCCUGAACCCAGAGCUGCUGGACACCCGGGAGGGGCUCGCCGUGCACGUCAUCCUGGAACGCAAUGAGCUGGUGGCCGUCAUGCGGUGGGAUCGAACCAAGAGGAAGAACUAUCGGAUCUCCGUGUCGGGCAUCCAGGAAAUCCAGCAAGCGGUUGUUCUUCACUGA